CAGCGGGAAGAGUUACUAGUGCUAUGCUAGUCCACUACUGCCUCAUUGGCAUUGGGUACCCGUCGUUUACUGUUUUGUUUUCUGUCAUUGGCAAUCGUUUUCGCUUCAUUCACCUUCAAACUUUGGUAUCGCCGAAACAGCCAAUCCUCGCUGCCCAGAUUUUUCCGAAGACGAAGAGGAAAUGUUGGGGAUCACCAGGCAAAGUGUCAGCAAUGGAGCGUUGAGGAUUCGUCCUGCAUUUUACGCGUCUAGAAAUUACUCCGCCGCCGCAAAAGAGAGGACAGUCCGAGAAGCUCUCAAUUCUGCACUUGAUGAAGAAAUGUCUGCAGAUCCCAGGGUCUUUUUAAUAGGUGAAGAGGUUGGUGAAUAUCAGGGGGCAUACAAGAUUUCCAAAAGCCUUUUGGAGAAGUAUGGCCCUGAGAGGGUUCGUGACACCCCAAUUACAGAGGCUGGUUUUGCUGGCAUUGGAGUUGGUGCUGCUUACUAUGGCCUUAGACCUGUUGUCGAAUUUAUGACCUUUAACUUCUCCAUGCAGACAAUUGACCAAAUCAUUAAUUUUGCUGCAAAAUAAAGUUAUAUGUCUGCCGGUCAGCUUUCUGUACCAAUUGUUUUCAGGGGACCAAAUGGUGCUGCUGCUGGAGUUGCUGCUCAGCAUUCCCAGUGUUAUGCCUCAUGGUAUGGAACCUGUCCUGGUUUGAAGGUGCUUGUUCCAUAUUCAUCAGAAGAUGCCCGGGGCCUGCUAAAGGCUGCUAUAAGGGACCCUGAUCCUGUUGUUUUCCUUGAAAAUGAGUUGCUAUAUGGUCAGUCUUUUCCUGUUUCAGCAGAAGUUCUUAAUUCCAGUUUUUGCCUUCCCAUAGGGAAAGCUAAGAUAGAACGAGAAGGAAAGGAUGUAACUAUUACUGCUUUCUCGAAGAUGGUUGGUUAUGCUCUCAAGGCAGCUGAUAUGCUUGCCAAGGAGGGAAUAAAUGCUGAGGUUAUAAAUUUGCGCUCAAUUCGUCCCCUUGAUAGAGCAACAAUUAAUACUUCUGUGAGGAAAACUAACAGACUGGUAACUGUGGAAGAAGGGUUUCCUCAAAAUGGUGUUGGUGCUGAGAUCUGCGCAUCUGUCGUUGAGGAGAGUUUUGAGUUUCUAGAUGCACCUGUUGAGAGAAUAGGUGCUGCUGAUGUUCCCAUGCCUUAUGCUGCCAAUCUUGAGAGGAUGGCUGUUCCACAGGUUGAGGACAUAGUACGUGCGGCAAAGAGAACUUGCUACAGAUCAGUUUGAAUGCAUCAACUUCAUUUGGGAUUUGACAUCCUUUGCUAAUUUCUAUAUAUAAAAACCACUGUGAGUCUGGGUUAUUUUUUGACCUUCAAAAUUUUUCAUUCAGAAAACUCUAGGUAAUUCAAUAUAAUCAGGAAACAGCAAUUCAGGAAAAUAAAACAACGUAACACAUUCUUAACAAAUUUAAGAGAGAAUAACUGUAACUUGGGGGAACACUGUAUUGCUGGAUGCUGAAAUGGACAUGGAAUUAAUGAUUUUUGUGUUUACAGAAGUGUAGCACUUGA